AUGAGAAGUUUCGUUUCACGAGAAAUAUCUCAACAACUUAAACUUCCUGUUAUUAGAAAGGAAACUCUAUCGGUAUAUGGUUUCGGUGCUAAAGAAACAACUGAACGAACAUAUAAUGUUGUUAAAAUUAAAUUAGUGAAUCGCGACGAACCGACUUUAAAUAUUGAAAUUGAAGCAUUAGAAACUGAACAAAUAACUGCAACUAAUUUACCUGCUCCUAAUGAAAAUAUUCCGAACUUAAAUAAACAAUUAAAAGGAUUACAGCUUGCUGAUUGCUAUGAAUUUAGAAAUAACAAAAUUGUGCUUUUAGUGGGUGCUGAUUACUAUUAUGAUAUAGUUACUAGUAGAAUAAAAAGGUUAAAUGAUAAGCUUGUAGCCACUGAAACUUUAUUUGGUUGGUGCCUCCAAGGAAAAAUCGAUAUGACAAAUCAAAUAUUGGAAAUGAAAAUUAUAGUAGAAGAAAAAACGAUAUCGGAUGAAUUAAAAAAAUUUUGGGAAUUAGAAAACUUAGGCGUUGAGGUUGAUACCGAUGAAAACAUUUUUGACAAUACGAUUAUGAAGGAAUUUGAAUCGGGAAUUACUUUCUCUAAUAACAGAUACAACGUAAAGCUUCCGUGGAAACCUGGUAUGAAGGAACAGUUACACGAUAAUCGCGAAGUUGCUCAAAAAAGGUUUUUAGGUUUAAAAACAAAAUUCCUUAAUGACCCCUUGCUUUUCACUGAAUACAAAACUGUUCUGGAUGAGUAUCUAAAAGAGAACAUUAUUGAACAAGUUACGUGUGGGUUGAAUAAAAAGACGAACGAACCAACAUUUUAUUUGCCUCAUAGAGCAGUGAUCCGUAAGGAUAAGACGACAAGUAGAUUACGCAUUGUUUUUGAUGCGUCUUCCCAUAGUAAAGGAGAACUAUCCUUGAACGAUUGUUUACAUAUUGGAUUAAAUUUAAACCCUGAUAUUUUUCUUCUUCUGAUUAUAUUUAGAGAAAAUCCUAUAGCAUUUACAGCUGACAUAAAGCAGGCAUUCCUCCAGAUAGAAAUUAAUGAAGAGAAUCGGGAUACGACCAGAUUUUUUUGGCAGCAGGAACCAGAUAGCUCUGAAGGAGACAAUUUGAUGAUAUAUAGAAUGACCCGUGUUUUAUUCGGGGUAAGUUCAAGUCCAUUCCUUCUCGCUGCAACAAUCAAGCAUCACUUGAAAAGGUAUGUUGAUAAUUUUCCUGAUACUUGUGCAAUUUUAAAUAAUUCUUUAUAUGUCGAUGAUUUAAUUAGUGGUCAACAAAAUGUAGAAGAUGCUUUAAAAACAAGAUUAGAAAGUUUUAAGAUUUUUAAGGAUGCAAGUAUGAUUUUAAGAAAGUGGCAGACUAAUUCAUUCGAGUUGCGUGAUCGAUGGAAAGAUAUUGGAAUGGACAUUGGUCCAUCCAUUGAGUCUAAAAAACGAAACUUUCAUGCCUUCUAA